UCCGAUAAUUCAACACAGAAACCCAGAACGGCUCUGGAUUUAGCACAUAGCGAACUUAUUGACCGUACGGCCCUAUCUAUCCACCUAGAGAAUAUUUUCUAAACAAAUUUCAUUCUCAUUUCCACUUUCCGGACAUCUCCGAACCUCAUAUUCAAACGGAUAGAGUGAACCCCUCCAUGGCCAUACUUUCGCGUGUACUCCAUCACGAUAAACGUGAAAAGUCCCCGGGGACAUCUGCAGCGGUAACCACCCCCCAGGCCGGUACCAGUAGCAGCUCGUUUAGCCCCCUCACGCCAUAUUCAUCGCCCUCCACCCAUUCCCUCCACACUUCAAAGUCGUCUCCAAAUGCUUCCUCUCAAUCAAAAGUGUCGUUGGCAAUCAAAUUAGAGUCCCCUCCAAUUAUCCUAUACGGUCCUGCUCAAGAAUCUACAGGCUCUAUUGUCUCUGGAUUACUUUUAUUGGAAGUUGACCCCAAACAAGGCUCAUCGACACUCCUGCCUUCCACUUCUAGAACACCCCCCUCUGGUGUUUCCACCCCAAUUACAUCCCAUCUGUCUAUAGGAGCGGUUCCUGACCGUCCUUCCACCCCUACAUACGAGGAACUGACCGCAUCAUCUGUUUCUCUCGAUACCGUUACUCUAUCGCUUGUGCAGACUGUUCGGUACACCCGGCCCUUUGUAGUAUCGUCAUCGUCUGUGGCGUCAUGCAAGUCAUGUGCCGUACAAAACAACGUAUUGGCACGUUGGGAUGUAGUUACCCAUACUACUGCCAUACAACCAGGUUCUCAUGCUUACCCAUUCUCUCACCUUUUACCUGGGUCACUUCCAGCGUCGUCUAAACUUGGUUCCUACCACCUGACUUCAUAUAUCAAGUACGAAUUGAUUGCGGAAGCCAACGGUAACAAACAAGAGGUUGCUAGAGUAUCACUCCCUUUGAAUAUCGCCAGACUGAUCUUAAGAGGUCCAGACCGAAAUUCGUUGAGAGUGUUCCCUCCAACCGAAGUCACCGCACUGGCCGUUCUCCCCAAUGUUGUUUAUCCAAAGAGUUCAUUCCCCAUUGGUCUCAAGUUGGAUAAUGUCGUGAAUGAACGUGGUGAUCGAAGAUGGAGAAUGAGGAAAUUGACGUGGAGAAUCGAAGAACUGGUCAAAGUAAGAGCCGCAGUCUGUGAAAAACAUGAGCUGAAGUUGAAAGCAUUCGAAGAAACCCAGAAAAGAGUGAACCUUCAUCGAGAAUUGAAAACCGGAGGUUCAGGUGCAGCGGGUUCAUCGGGAUCUGGUGGUUCCUCAGGAGAGAACAAGGGUAGUUUGCAUCAUAGUACAAUCCAAACUAACACGUUGUUCAGCAUUAGUCCAUCUGCCCAGCAAGCGUUACAGCAAAGACAACAGGAUGAAGCGGCAGAAGCAGCAGCGGCAGCCAUCGAGGCAAGAGUGAGAGCUAAUGUUGAUAUAGAACCAGAAAGAGAAGUUGAAAACACCAAUUUGGAAGAGGCAUUUUUGGAAGAUUUUGGCUCUGCAUUACCAUCUACAAAUUCCACUAGCACCACGACUCCGUCAAAUAACACAGGAGAGUCAAGACCACCAAGAGAAACAACUUCUGCAACCCCAUCUCCAAAUAUUCAUUCCCCAGGAUCUGUGACAUCUACGGGAUCCGUUGGAUCUAAUAGUAGCACAGCCAAUCCUCAACAAGCUUCUCCAAUAGAUCUUACAGAAUCCAUAUAUCUCGAAGAAAUUAGAACAGUAAACCAUGGAGAAAUAAAAUCAGGAUGGAAAUCCGAUUUCUCUGGGAAGGGCCGCAUUGAACUUCAAGCAGAAAUCAGUGCUAUAAAUCUUUCUUCAGGACUUCUUCGCCAUGUGACCAAGAAAACUUCUCGUGAGCCUUCCAACACCUCGCAGAAGGAUCAUGAUAGAGAAGGGCUUCGCAAUGGGGCCACCAUAGCCUGUGACAUUGAAGAUCCAAAUCUUGGGAUUUAUGUCAAUCAUACCCUUGUAGUGGAAGUUGUCAUUGCUGAAGAAUUACUACAAUCAGCAGAGAAACGUGCUGGUACCCCAAAUUCACUUAGACCAGUCACAUCUGUUGCCUCGCAACACUCAGUUGAUUCACCAGGAUUACAUCCAGUGAGCUCCACUGUAUCCACGAACUCACUUAGUGCAUCUAUGGCAUCUAACACGCAACCAGGGGUCCCAAGUGGAGCCGCGCGAGUUCUCCGUAUGCAAUUCAAGCUUCCUUUCACCGAACGGUCAGGUUUGGGCAUAGCAUGGGAUGAUGAAGUUCCACCCACGUAUGAAGAUGUAAGAACGUUGAGUCCACCCACCUACACAGAUCUGGCAAGUAACACGCCCUUGGGAACCCCUAUUAUUGGAGAUAUUACCCCACUUUCCAGUGCCGCAUUUGCAGCACCUAGAAGCACACCGGGAGUCAUCUACGGUAUUGGGAACACUCCAGUGGUUGGCAAUUUCGGUAUAUCUAGAGGUGCUCACGCAAGUAUCGAUAGUAUGGUUGAGUUAGAUGAUAGAAUUCAAGAACUCACCUUGUAAUAGACAUAGAAAUAGAUAAAAGAGUACGGAGUACAAAAGGAAUAUCAUUAAAAGAGGGUAAUACUACUGCAAAUGUUGAAGAUUUUGUUAUUGAAAUCUCCAUGAAUAUAUCCAUCCGAUGUCCAGUCGAGAUUUACAUACU